UGAAAGUCAGACAUAUAGUACUGUUUACAAACAUCGACUGUACUUCAUUUUAUCAAAAUGUAACUUAUGUGAAACCAUCACUUGCCAAAAGAUAAUUCAAGUUACAAAUAGUAAGACUUCACAGGGAAUUCCAUUAUGAAUGAGAUCCCUCCUGAAGAGCUCAAUGAGCUAAAGACCCCCACGGUGGAGUACACGGUGGUAAGCCGAGCCGGUUGGGGCGCGCAGGAGUCCAAGAGUAGCCUCAAACCUCUCAAACAUCCUAUCAAGAACAUCUUGAUGGCAUUUAACACGAACGUGGAGGAUUGUACCACAAAAGAUGAGUGUAAAGAGCGCAUGCGCCAGCUGCAACAAAUGCACUUGGAUAAGGGCCUCCCGGAUAUGCACUACAAUUUCACAGUGGGAGGUGACGGCAACAUCUAUGAAGGAAGAGGAUGGAAUUAUCAGCCCGAGCCUUUUAAAGAAAAUUCCCAGUUUGACGAAACCAGCAUCUGCGUCGGCGUCUUAGGAGAUUCCAAUGACCCAGACCCAGAAAACCCGUUCCCGCCGUUGAUUCACGCUUUAUACCUGGCAAACUACGGAGUGGAACAAAAGUUUAUGGAAGAUCCGUACGAGUUUGCUGAAGAUGAGCAGAAGUUUGACAGUUAAACGCUGGAAAUAUAAGUAGUACAUUGUAAUAUGUAUAUAUAUGCAUCGACUUUUAUUCUUCAGGGAAUCGAAUCUAAUAUUUUAUGAUUCCAAUAAUAUUUAAUUACUUUUGGAACUUAAAAGUAUAAGCUUAUGAACUAGUUUGUCCCUUUAUAGAUAAAACACU